AUACUUGUCACGUCUUCGUAAUUAAACGUGUAAAAAUGAAACGAUCACGAACCGCCAGUGACAGCAGCAGCAGCAGCAAACGUGCUCAUGUGGACGAAGUUCCAUUCCCUGAUUUCUUCCAGCAAAUCUUGGUUGAUCUAGACAACCAGAUCGAGAUGGAAAGGGCUCAAGCGCAGCUCGAAUAUGCGCCUAAUUCAGAAUUCGGUUCAACCACCCAAAACGUUCAAGGAGGCGACGGUAGCGUUCAAACGGCGCCCGCCACACAGGACACUCAGUCUUUAGAGGAGGAGGAGACCAACCUGCCUGACCCGUUUGAGGAGGAGAUCAACCUACCUGAGUGGUUUGAGGAUCUACUUGAUUUUGGCAAUGAGUUGCUCAAACCAUGGAGUCAGAGCGGAGAAGGUAUAUCACACGGCGUAGGCCGUGUUCCUAGAGCGGUGGUUGCGGGGGCGGGACUCGGGCGCACCGAACCGCAAAGACACGCCGCGCCUUGCGUAGCCCCUAUAAGGGCUUCGCGGGAGGCGGAUGCAGAACACGCACCAGCUCCUCCCCCAGCGCUGUCGCAACCGUUUGGCUGCGCAGCCCGUCCGCCAUCGCCACAGCCUGGCCCUUCAAACCGGCUGUCACCCCCUCCUCCUCUAGAAGCAGCAGCUCACCGCCGCCGCCCACGCAGGUAUGCGUUCCGAGACCGCGCCACGUGCGCCCUGUCGGCGGCGGGCAGGAGCUGGCUGGAGCUCGGCGCCGGCGUCACGGCGCCAGCCAGCCAGCCAGACAGCCAGCCAGCUCCCGCCCACCCGGCCGGGCCAGCUGAUUACGCGCGCCGGCUGGUGCGCCUCGUUAGCAGCGGCAGCGCUGCCGGCCGGCCGGCGUAA